AUGAGACCCCUCGUCGCCACGACAGGCCUCGAGCCCCAGCCGGAGGGCCGUGUCCUCGGACGUCGGGGCUGCGCGGGCGGCCCCUCGGGGGGCGGUGCGCGCGCGCACGGCUCGCGGAGGGCUCGCGGAGGGCUCGGCGCUGUGCAGGUGGGACCUCUGCCCUGCGCGCUGCCCUCCUGCCAGAAGGAAGCUGGGCCCAUGGCGAGGCUGCUCGCGGUCGCCGUCUGCGUCUCGGCCCUGUGGGCGUUGUCCUCCAUCACCGCCCCGUCGUCGGCGUUCGUGGCGCCGCCGGCCGGGCAGCCGCAGCUCAGGGGCGCGGAGCGGGCCUUCCACGCGGAGCCCGCCGCGCAGGCGGCGCGGGCCGCUCGGCCGCGCCCGAGGCCGCGCACGCGGCCAACCAGGGCUACGCGGUGCUGCAGCUGGGCUGGGCCGUCUUCAUCAUAG